GAUAUUUUUCCCGUUUCCAAUGAAAACAAUAUGGCCGACUUUAAAAAUGGACUGCGCAAAGAGCCUUAUAUUGGAGAAAAACAAAAGUUUCUACGAGACGGUAAUUUAGAAGGUUUUAAAAUUUAAACUGAUUAAAAAAUCUAACUUUUAAAAUAUUUUAGAUUUAGCCUCUUUGUACAUAUUAUUAAUAAUUAAUCAGUGUGUAUUUUCGCGGUGGCAGGUCUGUAACUGUAAAUUGUGGGCCAUUAAUGUUAAAUUUUAAAUUAUUUUAAUAUUUAAAUUUAAUAUUAUAUAUAAUAUUAUGUAUUUCUCAUCAUUAUAUGUAAUUAAAUUUAAAAUAGUCUAUUCUAUUUAUAUAGCUAAUAGUAUAUUAUUUCCUAAUUGCCCUCAUUAGAGGCCUGGGUAUUAAUUAUUAUUUGGGCCUAUGCCUAUGUUGGUUCCGUGCACCUUUAUUUUCUGUGAAAGAUUAUCUCCCUUUUGCUUAUUUUUGCAUUGUUUCUCAAGUUAACUUUUCUUUUUUUUAAAUAUUAAUAUGCUGAUGGAAUGUUUUGGCCAUAAUAGUUAGUGACCGAUGUGCCUUAUAUUUUGAAAGCAUUGCUAUGACUAUGAUUGCUCCAGUUACUGACUGACUGAUAAUGAAAUUGAAAUGUGUUGUACCACCUGGAAAUAGUGGAAAAAAUGUCACAGAUCGUAGGAGUACCCUAAGAACAGGGAAGGGUUAAAAUACUUUUUAAAAGUUAGUAGUAUCUGGUGCUGAGUUUUACAAUUAUCUUAAGACUUAAGAGUCAUAUACCAGAAAAAGAAAAAGGCUUCAGACUUCAGGUGUCAUCAUAUUAAAUGAUUCUUCAUUUUAUCAUUUUUAGAAAACUUUUUUUUUACAAUAUAAUGAUUUAAUUAUAAUAGACCAAAGCCAUAUAAUUUUAUGUUUAAUUAAACUAGAGUGCAGUCAUUCAUAUUAUGAAUUAUCAUGGAAAUUCACAAUUUAUCAAUACAUUUUUCCAACCAGUAAUCUCUUUUUGGUGAUACAAAUGCAUAAUAAGGCGCCAUCUAUAAAUGACGUCAUGCAUCUAGUGGGGGAGGACGGUCAAAUUUUUGUGAUGAUUUGUAACUGGGGGGGGGGGGGGGGGAAGGGGGGCCUCAAGCCAUGUGACAUCACAUGAAAAGGGGAAUAUUGUAGUAAAGAAUAGCACUUAAUAACCUUAAAUUACAUUCAUUCUUAAGAUUUUUGUUUAAACAACAAUUAUAUUUAUUUUAUGUUUAAAAAACUAUCACUGAGAGAAUCAGUACAGGUAUGCAAGGUCUGAAAAAUGGCCUCUGAUCAAAUUACAGGAUGCCAAGUAGGAGGAGAAUUGGAAUGUGGUUACAAUGACAGUCGUGAGAAUGUAUGGCUAAAUGUGGACACGGAAAGUGGUGGGAUGGAAUGGAAAAAAAAAUGGUUAACCGCGGAGUGGGGAAUCUAGUAAAGGCUCUAGGGAAGGGAGUCAACCUUUUUUGCAGUGUUACAGCCCCACUCCGUUUAGAACAUCUCUCCCCUAACCCUAUAAAUUAUAUUGUAAUAAAAUUUAAAAUAAUUAAAUAAUUUAGUUAUCAUAGUUUUAUUACUUAAAUUAACUUUUUAUAAACAGGGAAAAUAAUUACCAAUACACACAUUGCUUCAACGAAAUUCACAAAAAAAAUAUUUACUGCUGCUAAUCAAAAUGCAUAAAAACUUUUUUUUUAAAAUAAAAGCAAAAACGAUCAGUGGCUUAGCAAGGGUUGGUGUCACCCGGUCCGGUAAGCUCGUGGUGUCACCCCUCCUACCUUUUCCAUGAUGCAAUUCUUCUUGUUAAACUUAGUCCACAUUAUAACAAAAACAAGAACAAAAACAAAUUAAUUGAAGAUCUGGGGGUAAAUGUAUUUAUGAACUGUAACGUACUUAGAAUCGCCCAUUGCUAUCAAAGGAUAGUUUUAUUUCUCAAAAGUUUCCGAACAUUUAUUCAGCAUUUAAACAUGGUCAAAACAGUGUGUUUCUGAUCUAAUAAUAAGGUAACCCAAUUGCUGAUGCAUCAACCUUCAAAUUUUAAUAUUAAUGAAACACGCAUUUUGAUUGUUUACAUGGGUGGAAAAUGUACGUGUUAUCUGUUAUCCUUUUAUGAAAUUCGAUCAGACCGAGCAGUGUGUGCUCUGUAAUUACACUAUUUGAUGUCACCCCCUGAGAUUGCGUCAACCGGUGCAGUCCUCUAGCUACGCCACUGAAUACAAUUUUCUGGUCUUCCAUACCUCAGGGCAGGGGAGGUACUUGUAUCUCUGGUUAAGAACCACUGUUCUAAUGAAAUGUUUCUGACAUGUACGGUAAUUUGAUAUCGACAGGAGGUGAAUUUCUGAAGGGGUUUGUAAAUAUUUGAGGGGGGUCUAACUUUUUAUGAUGAUGGGGGAAAGGGGGGGGGGGGUUAAAAAAUUAGCAAUAUUUGUUUAAUGUCAUUUAUGGAUGGCCCCAGCAAGGACAUCACUCCUCAGAACGUCAUUCCCAAAUUAAAAAUAGAAUACUUUUGGUUAGAAAGUGUCCAGCUACUAGCUUAAUAGCAGACGUUAUUUGGUGACGUAAUUUUUUAUUUCUAAUUUUGUUUGCAAACUAAUUAUGGCUUGUAAUAAUAUAACAUAAACAAUACCAUGGCCGGCAGAUGGCAAGCGCCUCUUCAUAUUUCAAAUAAUAUUUUGUCAGGAAAUAUUCUAAAAACUUAUGAAACAAUGCCGAAAGCACUCUAUGCUUUUGUUAGUGUGUCUUGCUGAACACCUUCUAUAAAACAGCAAUUCAACAGAGAAAACUUUUUUUUCUCUCUUGCAUUUUUGUUCUUCUUCUUUAAAUUUGUAAAAUUUUAUUUCCAGAGAUGAUGAUGAUGAAAGAAUGAUGAAGAUCACGAUCUUAAAAAAAAAUGAAAACAUUUAAGUCACCAAUUAUCUGUGACUAUUAGGCUGGUAGCCGGACAAUUUCUAACUAAUAGUAUUCUGAGGAGUGCCGGACAUCCUUGUUUGUGUAUAUUAUUUUAAAUAAAAUUGAAUAAAUUUAAAAAGUCCAUUAUGGAAACAGAACUGGAUUAAAAUUUAGUUUAAAAAAUGGUUUAUAUGUUGUACUUAAUACUAAUUUUGAGAUGAGAUUAAUAUAUUUUGUAUUAAGCUUCCAAAUAUUAAUUAAAAUAUUAAUUAAUGCAUGGGCAUGGGAGUUUAAUGAUGUUUUAAUGUUUUGACAAAUAAUUACAAAAUUACAAAAGAUUUCAAUUCCCUAAAUAUUUUCAGGAUAUGGAACAUAUGUAUAUGAGAAUUCAUUCUUUAGAUAUGAAGGAGAAUGGGUUAAAGGAAAAAAACAUGGUAAGGAAUAGAACUUUUUUUUUUAAUCUUUCAGACGUAAUCACCAAUCAGCCUUGUACUAAGAUCAAAAUUUCAGUUAUAGUUAACUAAAUUCUCUAAAUUCAGGAUAUCUCUGAGUUUUGCUCGGACUUAGAUUUGUAUAUUUAUUCUUGGGUAAUAAUUAAAUACUUUAAGAAGGAAAGAUAAUCAAGGGUAGAAAAUAUGUAAAUUAUUCAUGAACCAGUUAUAGUAUAGUUAAUGUAGUAGAUGCCAGACUAUUGGGAUGAUUAGUAUAUCUUGUCUUGUUUGUUGUUGGUUUUUGCUUUGUCUUGCUUUUUUUUUUUUUUUUUUUUUUUUAAUUGUGCCAUCUCUCUGUCAUCAUUAAGAUUUAAGGCUAUACACUUGAAAAAACCAGAGGCACUUAAUAAAAAUUUUUUUUUUUUUUUUAUUUUUUUGUUUUUUUUUUUUUUUUUUUUUUUUUUUUUUUUUUUUUUUUUCAAUUGUGCCAUCUCUCUGUCAUCAUUAAGAUUUAAGGCUAUACACUUGAAAAAACCAGAGGCACUUAAUAAAAUAGCAUAUUACCAAAAAUAUUUUAAAUUUUACACCUCCAAUGUUGGUAAUUGAUAACGAUUACUUAACAAAAACAAAGAAAGGUGUUGAAGAAUUUCUUUUCAUCCAGAACUUGACAACCGAUGUUUGAUUUCAUCUGAAAAAUGUAGGUCACGGCAAGCUGGUUAUGAAAGAUGGCACCUAUUAUGAGGGUCAAUUUACAGAUGGAGAAAUAACUGGCAAUGGGUUUAAAUUUUUUUCAUCAUCCAAUGCCAAGUACACUGGUCAGUUCUUGAAUGGUGAGAUGCAUGGUGAGGGGAUGAUGCAUUACAAAGAUGGCAGCAUCUAUAAAGGAGACUGGUACAAAAAUAGACGACAAGGUAAAUAUGUGACAGAAUAUUUGCAUGAACAGAUUUUUAAUUUGGACUUUAUAAAACAUUACCCUUGCUAGAUGACCUCGUAUUUUCUACAUAUUUAAAGGUAAAAUCUUUCAGUUAUAUUAAGAUGGGACUAUUGAUUAAUGCAUACAAUAUCUCACUCAAGCACUGAAGUCCUUACUGUAAAGUAAAUUUUUCUCUCUCUAUAAUUUAUUACAUGCAUCUCAUCCAUGUAAAAUUACUUACCACAAUACUCUAUUUUUUAUCAUUAUAUGCAAUUUAAUUUUUUACUUCAUUGUUCAUAGAGUUAUUUUUCUUUAACUGAAAUAAAUUCACAAGAUCAUAAAUUUUAGGCAGUUUUAAACAAAACAAUAUUUUUCCUGUUUUAAUUAGGAUAUGGCACUUUGUGGACAAAUAUGAAGGCAGUUUAUGAAGGAUCGUUUUAUGAGGAUGCAAAAGAUGGACAAGGUUCUCAGAAAUAUGAGUAGGUUUCCUACAUGAGUCAUUACUUAUACAAAUAGGUAUAUUAUAUAUAUUGGUAAAUACAAAACUGUAUAUUUAAAAAGUAGUUAUAAUUAAAAAGAAUAUGGUACUUUUCAUGAUUUAAAUUUAAGGACUUUUGAGAAAAAUAUUGUAAAUGAUAUCCUUAUUUGAUGAAUAUUAAAUAUGUUCACACAAAAAAUGAUGGCUUAUUUUUGUGAAAAAUCUUUCAAAAAAACUAAAACUUACACAUUUCUUUGGACUUAGUAAUUUAUAACAAUAUAAUCACAAAUCAUUUUAAUCCACACUUGGUUUGGAGUUGUCAUAAAUUAAAAGCAAUAAAAUAUUUUUUUACAAAUAUUUUUGUAGCUUAUGAACUAUAUGUAUGCGGCUUUGUUUAAUGCAAAAUGAGUACUAUCUGUUUUCAAAUAUUGAAUUUUUUUGUGUUUUAACAAAAGAAAUCUCCAUAAAAGGAUGAAUAUUACCAUGCAUAACAUGACAAUUACAUAAUAUUUUACAAUGUAUCACAAAUAAAAUUUCUCUGUGGUUUACUUGUUUAUAACACUGAUAACAUAUUUUGUUGGUCUGUCUUUCAAUCAAGGUGUAUUAUGUCACAUGCUUGAGCUAAAUUUACUGAAUGCACUUUAUAUUUUUUAUCUCUUGAAUAAACUGUCAAUGUUAAAAAUAGGAAAGCACUUAAAAGUUUAUGACAAAUAUGAAUAUCUCUUGAAACUGCUAGUAUUCCACUGCAUGCAGCUAACUUAUAAGAAAAAUUGCCUCUCCCUUGCAAACCAGUACCUUAAAUUUAUACCAAUGUAAUGUUUUCCCAGCUUGGUCUCAUAUUGCAAGUUACUAGUAGCAUUAUUAUGACUUUAUUAAGCUAGACAAUUUCAAGAAUGCUUGCUUAUUCAUUUUAUAACUGGUACAGGACCAAGGUAAUCUUAUUUCUAAACAUUUUAAAAUUGAAAAACAGGGGAAUACUUUAAAUUUUACACUUUUUAAUUUGUAUUUAGCUCCCUUUCAGACUUUAAAAAAUGACAGGAUGAAAGAGCUGUCACAAAAUAAACUUUUUUUAAUCUCUUAAAUAUAUUGUUUGGCACUGUGCUUCUUUUGCUUCACAAAUAACGCAUAUUUUUUUUCUGCUUCUCAUCACAGUGAAUCAUAUCAAAAGCUAAGGUAACCAUCAAUUGCGUUCAAAUGCAAUGUUGUAUUUUUUGCAGUUACUAACCAUAAUUUUUUCAACCUUAAUUGUUAUGAUUUAUGAAACAGUUAAAAAUAUUGAGAUCAACAAUGUAAAAAAUAUAGAAUUUCUCUUUAAUCCUCCAAUUUAUUGCAAUAUCGCUUUAGCCAAAAGCUUAAAGUAAUAAGGAAACAUUUUUUCAAUAUCCAGAAUCCCUUUUAACAUUUGAUUUGUUUCACUAGAUAAUCCAUGUUUUAUUAUUAUUUUUGUCAGCAAUGGUGAUAGAUAUGAAGGACAUUGGACUCAGGACAAAAGAAAUGGUCUUGGAGAACUGUGGUGUGCUGAUGGCUCACAAUAUGAAGUAGGAAUUACUUUUAGUAUAACAAUGAAAAGCCUCCUACUUACUUACUAGUUAGAUAAUUAUACCACCCUUAAUAUAAAAGUGUUAAAUUGUUUUUUUUAAUCAUAAAAACGUUCAAUUCAAUUAGUUGAUAAAAAAAUAUUAAUGAGAUAACUUAUAGUUGACUCUAGUUGUUUCAUAAAUGAAAGUUGAAAUUAUUUCCUGGGCUGUGGGUUAAAAGUGAUUCAAAAUAAUUAAUUAUUUGUAUAAAAUGUUCCUGUUCAAGCACAGGAGGAUUACAAGAAUAACGUGGUGGGGGUGGGGUGCAAAUGUUAACAGGGCCAAAAUGUAAACAACCCAAAAAAAACAGGAUAUCACAGAUAUUUUAAUUUUUAUAAUACAUAGAUUUGUUUUGGGGCAGGGUAAGGCUGGAUAAUGAAUAAAAUCAGGCAUAGAAAUUGAAUAGAAUUGCAAAUCAGGAUUGAUUGGAGAAUCAAUUGUAAAAAAACUGUAAGCAAUAUUUUGUAACCCUUUGAUACAAUUAGCACAUAGCUGAAAUUUUACAAAUAUUGCUCCCUAUGCCAUAGGACCUUUAACAAAAAAGUUUUUUUAAAUGGCAAUUCCAGGUUACUUAAAUUUUUAUGUUUAUUUUUCAAAGCCCGAAAUCUCCCUGUUUGUAUUAGAAGUGAAAUUAUGUGACUUCAAAAGAUAAGGAAGUUCUUUUGAGAUUUCACUAUGAGUAUGGUAUCAUAAAUAAAUAUAAAAUACUAAUAAUAGUAUUUAAUGCCCAUUCAGUUUCUGUUAAUAAUCAUCAAGGUUUGGAAACUAAAAAUGCUGGGAUAUAUUUGCUUGAAAUUUAUUUUUGUUAAUUUAUUCUGUAUUUGGGUCAGGGAAGGGAUUAACAAACAUUAUUAUUGUUUGUCGAUUCUUGAAAAUUCAAUUGCAAAUUAAAAAAAAUUAAUAAGGCACAUGAUUUUUGACCUCCCAUCUCACCUGGAGCUCUUCACUUGUAGAUAUGUAUGUAGAGUUGAGUCAGGUGCCCUACCCCAGCCACCCCAGCCACCCAGCCUCCCAGCCACCCAAUUUGAAUCCAUCACAAGUGAUCAUACUUGAAUGGUCUGGUUGGGUUACAUUGUUAGAUUCUCCUUUUUGUGCUUGUUAAAAGAAGAUUAAAAUCUUACAGGGCAAUUUUGUGAAUGACCUCUUCCAUGGUGAGGGUAAGUUGGCACAUGCAUCUGGCAUGUACUAUAGGGGCUUGUGGGAGCAUGGCUUUCCCGUAACAAUGGCAACCAAAAUUGUCAUACUCCAGGAGUCACCCAUGGUUCUUCAACAAGGACAGCCUUUCUCUAUAAGUGUUGAAUGCAGGAACGAUGAUGACGAACUUGUGACUGGUUGGUAUUAGAUUGAAUAAUUAAAUAUAUUUCCUAUAAUUAGGAAAACAUGUUUUUGAAAUAUUAAGUAACAGCCUAGAAAUUAUCUUUGUGGCAGAAACUUUUUAUAAUUUGUGCAUCCUUGGCCAGGUGUAAAAUACCUUUGCUUGGCACUUGACCAUUUGGCUAACAAACAUUUAGCUUAUUGAAAUAGGCUCAAGGUGAUAUUUUGCUAUGUUCUGUUAGUCAAAAUAGAUGUUGAAUGUUAAUUGUUUUCUACAACAUAUAUUUGCUCAAUGUUCUGUUUGUCAAACAUUAUAAUGUUGUUUGGUCAUUUCGGUCCAAUAUCUAUUAGUUAAAUAUCUUUCCAUGCCUAAAUUAUAUCUCUAAAAAGACACCAUUUCUAGCCAUGAACAUUAGUGUUUCAGUUUUAUUUAAACUGAAAACUUGCUCUAUUUAAUCAAAUAAUUUUUUUUUUUUGUUUCUCUUCCCAUCAAUUAUUUUGUUUUAUCUUUUAAUCUUAGAACAUGGGAGAGAACUCCAAGUGAUUGCAGGAUUUAAGUACAGACACCCUGAAGAACUCUCAGGACUUUUUGAUAUCAUUGAGGAUUACGAAGAUCAGCCCAUACCUACACCCUUGUAAGUUGUAACAUUCAACAAUGUGUGUCAUGUUGUUUUUUUUGGUCAUAUCCUCCCUUGGUCAAUUUACACACUCCGCACCACUUUGAGUUUCUGUGUAGGAUUCUCUCCCAUUUGUUUAUUCUUGGAUUGUUGCCGCAGUUAACUUUUCUUUUUCAUUAUUUUAACACACUGAUGGAAUCUUUUAAAUUAUAAAUCCCUCUCUUCUUAACAUGAAAUGAUUUGUAUAGUAAUUUUGUAUAAUUUAUUACAGUAGGAAACAGCACCUUAACAUGAUAAGGGUCUCCAAAAAAUAAUGAGUGGGGGGGGGGGUGCCAUAACAUCCUUCCAUUUAUUAUUAAAUACUCAUAUUUUUGUGAUGUUCCAGCUGCAAUUAUAACAUUCCAAAAAACACUUUUUCAUUCCAAGUAUAGUAAUUUUGUAUAAUUUAUUACAGUAGGAAACAGCACCUUAACAUGAUAAGGGUCUCCAAAAAAUAAUGAGUGGGGGGGGGGGGUGCCAUAACAUCCUUGCAUUUAUUAUUAAAUACUCAUAUUUUUGUGAUGUUCCAGCUGACAAUCUAACAUUCCAAAAAACACUUUUUCCAUCCAGUGGUUACGAUGUGGUUCCAUACCCCUUGACUGACCAGCUGGCAGCUGUUGAUUCAGCAACUGAAGCCUCAUCGCUUAAAGACACAAAUGUAGAUAAAACAGAUGCUAAAGGUGUGUUUAUGUUUGAGGUGGUUCAUUGAGGAAUGAUACAAAAUAUGAGUCUUUGUUAUGAGUAACAAUGAGAAUGGACUGCCUCAUAUACUGAAAAAUAUAGGAAAUGGACUGCCUCAUAUAUUGAAAUAUAUAGGCAAUGGACUGAUUCAUAUACCGAAAAAUAUAGGCCAUGGACUGCCUCAUAUACUGAAAUAUAUAGGCCAUGGACUGCCUCAUAAACUGAAAAAUAUAGGCCAUGGACUGCCUCAUAUACUGAAAAAUAUAGGCCAUGGACUGCCUCAUAUACUGAAAUAUAUAGGCCAUGGACUGCCUCAUAUACUGAAAUAUAUAGGCCAUGGACUGCCUCAUAUACUGAAAUAUAUAGGCCAUGGACUGCCUCAUAUACUGAAAUAUAUAGGCCAUGGACUGCCUCAUAUACUGAAAUGUAUAGGACCUGGACUGCCUCAUAUACUGAAAUAUAUAGGAAAUGGACUGACUCAUAUACUGAAAUAUAUAGGCCAUACAAUUUUCAGUAAACUGUUUCUUCCCAUCUUACUUUUUUUUUUCAAAAUAUGUUUUAACAUGCUUGUGUGGGAGCAGGGGGUGGCAAGGGGGAGGUUGUGAAUAGUGUGAACAGACAAUUUUUGAAUCCCAUGGCAAGUUGACUACUUUUUUCCCACUUAGGUAGUUGAGAUUUUUAAUGAGGGAUAAUUUCUCUCCAAAAAUGGCUGCCCUCCUGGGUAGUAUAACACGGGUCAAAAAGGAAAGGAGCCUGCUUCAUCUGAUAAUUUGUGCACCAAGCAAUUAGGCUAGUGCACAGCAAGGAACUUUGCUAGUGCACAUCAAGCAACUUUGCCAGUGCACAUCAAGUGGCUGCACCAGUAAGAUUAAUUAAGUUUGAAAUAUUCAAUCUUUUUUUUUUUUCUUUUUUUUUUUUUUAAGUUGGGUAUCAUCCCUGCCUGAGUUGGGUAUUGUCCCUGAGUGAGUUGGAUAUUGUCCCUGCCUGAGUUGGGUAUUGUCCCUGCCUAAGUUGGGUAUUUCCCUUCCUGAGUUAGAUAUUGUCCCUGCCUGAGCUGGAUAUUGCCCCUGCCUGAGUUGACUAUUGUCCCUACCUGAGUUGUGUAUUGUCCCUGCCUGAGCGUAUUUAAAACAUUCAAAUAUAAUUUGUUUUUUUUUUAAUUUGAUAUCUUUGGUGUUUUUAUUUUCUUUCUCUUUGUUAUGAAUUGUUUCUCUAAAAAUAUCAGCUCAACCUGCUGAAAUGUCACAUUAGCACUGAUAUUACAGGAACUCUUCACAACUUAUGGCAUCAACAAAGGACCAUCACAGAGGCUUUGGCCUUGUUAAAUUAGCACUGAUAUUACAGGAACUCUUCACAACUUAUGGUAUCAACAAGGAAACAUCACAGAGGGUUUCAUUUUAAAUUUCAAAAAGAACAUAUUUAAUCAAUGCAAUAACAAAUAAAGAAUAUUAUUUCUCAACAAAAUAGUUUUAGAGCACCUUAAAAGUGUUACUCUUGAACUUAAUUCUUUAAAUAUUAACUGAUUUUAUAACUGCAGUUUGGUAAUUUAUUAUUUUUUAAAAUUAGUGGCCUCAAAGAGAUCGAGUGGCUCCAGCCUCUCUCAUUCUCUUGAAUGCACUGUUUGUAACAAUUCAUCACAACAGCAAUGAAAUCUAAAAUUAAUAAAUAACCCUCACUAAUCUGGUCAUCGGUUUCUGUUUUAAAAAAUACCUACAGGUGAUGAGAAAAGUGAUCAUUCUGAAACUCUAGAGGAUGCUAAAAGCUCUCCCCCUGUAAAGGAAACUGAAAGUCUUUCCAAAGUAGCGGCACAAGAUGAAGGAGUUGCUCCAAUUGAAAGGAAAGAAUCAAAUGAGGAAAGUGAGGUCAUGGAAGGAUCUGAGACAGGUAAUCUGAAAGUAUUUGGUCAUCAUUAUGGUAGGUCAUCUCUAAGUUAUUAGGUCAUCAUUAUGGUAGGUCAUCUCUAAGUUAUUUGGUCAUCAUUAUGGUAGGUCAUCUUUAAGUAUUUGGUCAUCAUUAUGGUAGGUCAUCUUUAAGUAUUUGGUCAUCAUUACGGUUGGUCAUCUCUAAGUUAUUUGGUCAUCAUUAUAGCAGGUCAUCUUUAAGUAUUUGGUCAUCAUUAAGGGCAGGUCAUUUUAACGUAUUUGGUAAACAUAAGGGACAGGUAAUCAUCAAAGAGUCACUGAAUGUUUCAGCGUGUAGUUAAACUAAGAUUAAGCAAAAAUUUGCCUAUUUUAUUUUUUAUUUGACAUUUCUACAUCUAAUGAAUGUAGUAAAAUGCUAACUGUUUUCUACAUUAAAUAACGUCAAAUACUACAUCUCACCAUCUGAAGAUUAGCACAUGUUUCUUUCCUUCCACUAUACCUAGCUAAAUCACUCAUGCUUAAAUUUAUGAUAUUGAUUGAGCUAAAAGAAGACACUAACUAAUGCAUCUUUGCAUGUUUGCAGAGUUGCAAAAAAGACUGGAGGAAUUAGUCCAGAUGCCCCCUGCUGUUAAAAGUAAACUUAUAGCAUAUGGGGUCUGCGAGUGGACAAACUUACAGUUAGCCCCACCCCCUCCGAUGUAUAGGCCAUUUGUCAUAAUGAAGCAGGAAGAGGCUGCCAGGAAAAGGUCAAAACAGAGUAAAGAGAAGAUAGGUAAGAGUUGCAUUUCUGAUUUUACUUACCGUUACCCAACAACCAUGACACUCUCAAAGAACAUAAUGCUAAUAUAUCCAUAGCAGAUUAAGAGCAGAGAGUCCAAUUAUUUUAGGAAAUUUUAUUUUCACCAUUGGUCUUACAAAUAAAAAAUAAUUAAAGUCAUCUUUUUGGUUUUUUAUUAGACUAGUAUCCAAUCAAGAGGAAUUAAAAAGCCAAAGCAUUUCAACCAAAAAAAUUUUUUUUGUCUGCAUGAAAAAUGUUGAAGAUUUGUUUUUAAUGUAGAAAAUUCAAUUUUUGUGUGACAUCAAAUUUAUUGAAUGUGAGGGGGGUGCUUAUUAGGCUAUAUUAUUUUAUUAAAAUUGGGGAUGGGUAUUUUUACUUAUUUCUCUACAAGCCAAUUAUUUAUUUUCUUCAUUUAGUAAAUGAGGGUAAGUACAGGAUUUCAUUUAACUGAUUUUUUUUUUGCAUUUGUUUAUUUUUUAUAACUUUUAAUAAUAUUUGGUAUGUUGAUGCACAGAUAAAAUAACAGAGGUUUUUAGAUGUUCUCUCUUUGAGUAUUUCAUGAAAAAAAAAUAGCAAAAAUAUUAGACAAAGAAGAUAUUUUUAUUGAUUGCAUUACCAUAUGAAUAGAUAUAAUGUCAUUAUUUUAAUAUGACAAAAUGUAUUAAGCAAGGAGGUUUAAGUUGAUAAAUUGUGCAUGCACUUUAUGAAAUGCUAGCAGGUGAACUUGAUGAAAUGUUAGCAGGUGAACUCUGUGAAAUUUAAGCAGGGGAACUCUAUGAAAUGUUAACAGAGUGUUUUCAAAUUAUGAGCUGUGAUUAAAUUGCUUUUUUGUGUGCCUAAUAUUGCUUAAGUUAAACAGCUUGUAUUUACUUAAUUCAUUAAAAAAAAUUUUUGAAAAGAGAAUCACUAGAAAUAGUCUAGUAUUUUUCAAAGCGGAUUGAAUCCCUAUACCAUUUUCCACAACCUAGUCACAGAGACACCUACUUACUUAAUUGUUGCUGGUUGUUGGACAGAAGUGCAAUGUCAUCUGCAAAAUCUAGGUCAUUCCAAGUUUCUCCACUGUAUUGCGUUCCUCUUUUUGUCUGUGGAACUUUGAAUUAUCCCGUCAAUAAGUAAGUAAUUAGUGUGAAACAAGGAGAUGAUUAUCAUUGGGCAGAGUUAUAGUCCUUUUCAAAAAGGACUGAAUCCAUGUACCAUUUUCCACAACUAAGUCAUAGAGAUAACAUGGUAAUAAUUUUGCCAUUGGCUGUGCACAUCAACAAUUUUGCAAGGUGUUCUUGAGACCAAAAAUUAUUUUUUUAGUUCCAACAGCCAAGAGAUGUAAAAUAAAGUCUUAUUAUUGAUGCUUCUUUUUUUCCCUCACAUCUUUUGAGUAUUGAAUAUAAAAAUCCACAGUUUGUUGGUACUUAUUUAAUAUUUUUGGUAGAAACUAAAAUGUUUUUAAUAAUGAGCAGAUAUUCAUGGCAUCGUUGGGGUUGAGGGUUGAUUUUGUUGAUGUUUGUUCUCUUCCUUAAUCUAAUUUUUAACAAAAUAAAAAAUUAAUGUAUAUAAAUAAAUAUAAGUGGAAAAAUUUAACUAUUUAACUUAACCUAUUUGUUUCUUUUAGAUUCCCUCAUCAAUAGUUCUUAAAUCAAAAUAUAACCCUCAAAGAAAUGAAAAAAUUGUUUCUUUCUCCUAUCCAAUGGAAUAAACUACACCUCAAAUGCCCCCCCCCCCAACCCCCCAGUAUUUUUCUGAUUUUCUAUACUCUAGCAACAUUUUAUGAAACAUUUUGCUUUUUCAAAUCCACUUUUUAAAUCUUUUCUUAAUUGGAUUGGGAAAAUUCAAAAACUUCUGAAACUAUCAGUCAGUUUUUGGGCAAUGGAUUUCUUCAUUUGUUUAUUUUUUUUCAUUAACAUUUUACCCAUAGUCCCACACUCCCCCAUUUUAAAUAUAAAGCAAGUCAGGAUCAGCAUUGUUCAAACAUUUUAUUUCUAUAACUUUAAAUGAGAUUGUUUAACUUUGUUAAAUAAUGUUUCUUGCUGAUUCUAUCAAAAAUUUUAUCUUUAGGAUAAUUUAAAACCCAUGUUUCAUGUCACUGUUCAGCUGAAUGACGUAUCUUUGAUGUAACUCUUAUAGAAGGUGGGAAAAAUCAACUUAUUAUCAUGAACAUUUUGUUCCUCUUUUUUUUUACAAAUCAAUUUAGAAAUGGACGAGGCAUUGAAGAUAGGUAAAAAAAAUUAAUUAAGUUUUCUUUUCUUUUGUUUUCUUUUAUUUUCCUAAGAAUUUUUAAAAAUAUUUAUAGUUGAUUGCGACCCCAGUCAUGUUUUCAUCAUGCUUAAUUGUAAAUAUUUGGUACAUAGUGUUCACAAGGUUUUUAUUUUUCAUUGUUUCACUGUAUAACACAUUUUUUUAAAAAGUGUUUGUGGGAUUCUACAAAUGAUUUAAGUACUCCUAUUCCAAGAUGUUCCAACUGCUGUUUCACUGGAAAUAAUAGCAAAGGGUUUGGAUUUUUAUAAUUUUCAUGCAAGUUUUUGUAUUUCAGAACCAUUUUUGUAUGAAUUUUUAAAAAUAAAAAAAUAAAAAGUAAGAUUUUUCACUUGCAUGCAGUUUCAUGGACCACCAUAAUUUUUUUAUUUUAAAAUUGCUGCUGUAUUGUCACUCAUUGACUAAUUAUGUUAUGUUAACAGGAUUACCAAUAAGUUGACCAAUCUUUUAAAAUUACUGAAUCUCCCACAUUAACUUUUAUCACAGUAAUGUUCUUUAUUUACUACUGGCCCUUCAAGACAAUGCCAAGGUCUUGUAUCUCAAAUGGUCCACUUUUCUUGUAGUUAGGAUUUUGAGAUAGUGUCUUAUCAAUGACAAAAAGAGCAUAAAUCCAUGGAAAGCACACCAAAAUCUUCAAUAUUCCUUAAUAAUCUAACUCAUUGAAAAGAGAGUGUGACAAAUAGAAACAAUUAAAUUUUUUUUAAUUUUCAUCAAUACGUUCAGGUUUGUAUUUGUGGCUUAAGUUUCACGUACCGGUGGACUAGUUUCAAAACGGCACCAGGGACCAGUGUCAAAUUUAUUAAUUACAUUUUCUUUCUAUUUAAACAUCAAUAUUCAUGCUCUGUGGACCGGUAACGUAAGGCUCGCCGAACCGGCACCCGUCCACGGAACACCACUUUGAGUAGCACUGGCUUAGUGAACCAGCAUUUUUAUUUAUCGAAUAUGCCAGUAAAACUUUGGCAUUUCAUAAUAUGUAUGUAUCUAUAGCCAAAGAAACUGCAGAAUUUGGAAAGGAAAAUGAAGAAAAUGAAGGAGAGGACUUUGAGGAGGAACCUUCUGUAGACCCAGUUGAGGGAAUCGCAAGUUCUCAAGAAAUGACCGUUGAGGAAAAUAACAAUCAAGGGGAUGCUGGAGAAAUUAGUUUGGAAUCCCAAAAUAGUAUCUUAGAAACUCCAGGUUGAUUUGAAAGUUUUUGUUUUUGUGUUAAAUUGUUUUGCGUAUUCAUUAUAAUUAAGCACACUCCCACAAUAAUCAACUUGGAGAUUGAAUGAAAAUUAUUUAUAUCAUGUUUAAAACCUCUCUAUAGACUUUUCGAUCAUUACUAUUAAAAUAUUUUUUUUUUAAAGAUUUACUACUUCCCUGCUAUUGGGACUUAAUUAAGAUUUUUUUUUUUUUAAAGAUAUUGAUAUCUAAGGCAUUUAGAUUGAAGAUAUAUAGAUAGACAGAUAGACAGACAUAGAUAUAGAUAUAAUAUAUAUAUAUAUAUAGAUAUAGAUANUAUAUAUAUAUAUAUGUGCGUUGAUUUUUUAAAGUGAAGUCACUGUGGAUAUAUUUCUAGAUAACAAGUCUUAUUUUAAAUUUUUAGUACAAUUUUACUUUUUUUAAAGUUAGUUUAAUUCAGGUGGAAAUUUUUGUUUUUAUUUUUGAAAAUUCAACAUUCAUUUUUUAAUGUUCUUGGCUCUAAAUAUUUUCAGUAACAAUUUUUGUUUUGCUUUUUUAUAUUUGAAUCAUUCUUUGCAUUAAAAUAUUUCACUUUUUUUAUUCACAUUUUUUUUUUUUUUUUUUUUUUUUUUUCCCCAAUUUCUUUUUUUAAUUAAUUUUUUUUUUUUUUUGUUUUUUUUUUUUUUUUUUUUUUUUUUUUUUAAAAUUUUUCUCUUUUUUUUUUUUUUUUUUUUUUUUUUUUUUUUUUUUUUUCCCAAGAUUCAUUUGUCAAAUACAUUUUUUUAUAUUUUGAAAUAUAAAUAAUUAUGUUCCACACUCUAUGAUGAAGUAAUAAAAGUAUUAUAAAUGAUUUCAAUUUUAUUUCUUGUAAGAAUGGGGGCAAAAUAAUAUUUCUUCUUUUUCUGAAAUUGACUCAUCCAUUGAGACAAGUUGUCAGUGAAUCAUUUGAAACAUAUUUCCUGUUUGAAGGCUUUAUAAACCUGACUUUUUUUGUGUUGUUUUUUUAAAAAUAAAAUUAUAACUUUUACUUCUAACAGAUCAAAAAAGUUCUCAGAGUUCCAAAUCAGAGAAAGAACCAGAUGAAACAGUUGCCAGACUGGGUAUGAACAAUGUUACGUUCUGUUAUCAAUAUGGAAAAAUUAAUCUCUUAUUUAAGUAUAUGGCUUGUUCUAAAACAGUACACAACAAAAGACGAUACCACAAAUUAAGUACAAUAACAAAGCAUACAAUACUCAAGCCAGGGCUAAUUCAAUUAAUGAAUUUUAUUAUGUUAAUUAUAAAUUACAAAAUCAAAAAGAAAUAUAAUUAAAGCCAUUGACUUACAGAAUAAUGAUUGGCUUGUACUGGUACAGCGUAGAAGAAGAUAUAAUGUUGUAAAAAUGUACAAUGAUGAAAAGAAAUCUGCACACACACAGUAAACAAAUUUCUGUCUCAUAGCGAAAAUAGCACAUGCUCACAAAUAUCUCUCAUCUCAUCUGCCUCCUGUCGCUCAAUCUCUCCGCUUUCUAUAGCCUGUUUCUUUAUAAAAUUCUAGAUGCCGGACUUAUGCAUUUUAAUUGUGGCAUUGCGCCUCGACCACUCUGGUAGAUUCUACAUGAUUCUACAUACUUCUAAUAAAAACAGAUGAUAGAUUUAAGUUAGUUGUAACCGAGGUCAAAGGGAGACUAUAGUUAUUACGCUACACCCUACUAGUGCAACCAAACUGGGUCAGCUUAAGUUCAUUCACCAGAAAAAAUGAGUGAAAGUAAACAGGGCACCUAUAACAAACAUAUAUAGAUUUUAUGCUUAUUUAGAAAUACCAAAACAAAUAUAAACAGAUUUUCAUGGUUUGUUUAAGUAAAGAAAACCAGCAAAAGGGAAACUUAAAUACACAUUGAAAAUUUUGUGUAAGUUUCCCUUUUGCUGGUUUACAAAAUUUUCAAUGUGUAUUUAUGUUUAUCAUUACUUUCAUCAUUUUAGCUUAACAGUAGUUUGUUUUAAGUGGGAAUAAAAUUAUUUGAAACAACAACAUUUGCAAAAAAAGUUGGUAGAUUAUUAAUUUUUAGUUUUACUUGACAAGAUGUUGUACAUGACUAGAUGUUGUACAGGUCAAGAUAUUGUACAUGUCAAGAUGUUGUAUAUGUCAAUAUGUUGCACAUGUCAAAAUGGUGUACAGGUCAAGAUGUUGUGCAUGACAAGAUGUAAUAUUCUUUUCAAUAGGUGAGUACGUCUUGAUUGUCCAGGAGACAACAAAUCCAGCUUUCUUGGGGAGAAGACUGCAGCCUGCUUAUCUGCUUGUGCAGUUGAAGAAGAUGAAGAAAGCUUCAAUGAAGAAGCCCAAGUAAGAAAGAGUUAUUAGUCAUAUUAUAUGAUGUGGUGAAAUUAAUUAUGAUAUAUUUCUGUAUUCCUAUUCCUUACAUCUUUGCUGUCAAAGUGCCUUAUGAUAUAUUUAAUCCUUUACAUUUUAUGGUCUUAAGGAUGCAUUCUGAUCUGUCAAUUGCCAUUAUUUAGAUGUAUCCGAUCAACGGAUAUGUGUAUCAAUCAUGUAUAUCAGUUGCAUUUCAUUCGCUAUUGCAUGGAAAAUAAUUUGCUUGGCCUGAUGAUGCUUGAUUACAAGGACUUUUAUGUGUGGCGAAAUUGAUGAGUUUUCAGUAUGUUGUUUUGAAAGUUUUUGUUGAUAUUUCAAAAAAUUGCUUCUGUGCAAAGAAAAGCAGUUCAUUUUCUAGUUCUGUCUUCAGCUGGAAAAGUUGCUAAGCUAGAAGGCCUAAUUUUAGACAUACACACAUAUGCAUAUUAAACACUCAUAUACAAGUAUACAUGCUUAUAUACAAAAACACACACAGGCCUUGUAAACAUGCAGAUAUACAUCACCCAUACUGGCCUUGUAAACAUGCAGACACACAUCACACACAACUGGCCUUGUAAACAUGCUGACAUACAUCACACAUACUUGCCUUAUAAACAUGUAGACAUACAUCAAACAUACUUGCCUUGUAAACAUGUAGACAUACAUCACACACACAGGCCUUGUAAACAUGCAGAUAUAGACUUGCCUUGUAAACAUGCAGACACACAUCACACACACUGGCCUUGUAAACAUGCAGACACACAUCACACACACUGGCCUUGUAAACAUGCAGACAUACAUCACACACACUUGCCUUGUAAACAUGCAGACAUACAUCACACACACUUGCCUUGUAAACAUGCAGACAUACAUCACACACACUUGCCUUGUAAACAUGCAGACAUACAUCACACACACUUGCCUUGUAAACAUAAAACCACCUCUCCUCCAUCAAACUGUUAAUUGUAUUUGAAUGAAUGAGUCUCCAUAAAUAAAAGAUUUUAUGCAUUAGAAAAACUCAACAAGAAAUCAUUUCCUCACUAGAUCAUCUUUUGGUGAAAGUGAUUCAAAGGGUGAAAUUGAUGGUGAUGAUGAUGAUGAUGAUUAUGAUGAUGAAGAUGAUGAUGAUGAUGAUAUUGAGGACACAGAUGAAGAAAUAGAAGAAACAUGAAUUGCCUUCAGCCCCGCGCUCAACUCAAUAGAUUAUUAAAAAUAAAAAAUAAACACAAAAAAAUAACAAAAUUUAUGUCAUUUACUUUAUUUUAAAGUUCCAAAUUAUUUCUUAUAAUAAAUGACUUUCAAUUUCACUUUGCUUUACAUGAACAAAUAUUGUAAGGGAUUUGUGCAUAAAUAUAUUUUUUAAUAGGUCACCAGUUCUACGUUGGUUUAACAAAAGAAAACUUCCACAAACAUUCAAGUUACUUAUGUAUACGAUACUUGCUCAGUUUGUAUUUCUUGUAUUUGUUGGUUUAAUUUGUUUUUUCAGAUCCAGUAGCAAAGGAUUAAAUUGUUACGCUUGAUUUGAGAUAAUUAGGAAUCAUUUUUGAAAUAGUCGUUACAACAUUUCUAAUUCAUUAUUUGAUUUUAUAUUUUAUUUUUAAGUUUUUUUCAUUCCAAAAAUCAUUUCAGCAUAAUGGACAAGCUAAGUCCCCUCUUAAGUUCAAAUAUUUUAUUCAGAGCAUGCUGCAGUAGAUUCCAUCUCUAUGCCAUGAAAAAAAUGACACUUUUCUCUAUAAUGUACGUUAUCCUGAAAUUCUUAUUUCCAAUCCACAUGACGUGCAGUAUAUAACAUUUCUAUUCCCAGGAAAGCUACACUUUGAAUACUAUGAUGUGCUGAGAAUUACAAAUUAUUUUGUGGUAUCCAUCUUUAAGAAAAUCUCUUUAAUCUGACCUCUGACCUACUUCAUAAUAUAGUCAUACAUUAACAUAGUGUUUCUUUUUCUAAAUAAAAAAACAAACUUUUUUCUACCAUUCUUUUUUGUGUGAAUUUUUCACAUUUUUAUCAUAAUUUCUAAUUAUCUCCUUCCACUUGCAUGAUUAGGGUUUAAAUCAACAAAUGAAUUUUGAUUUUGCCAAUUUAAUCUUUAAAGUUAUUGGCUAGUUACAAAAGAAUUAGAAUUAGAUUAUUUUUAUUAUUUCAUUUAUUAGUUCAAACUUGGAUUUUUAAAAUUUUAUUUUGCGUUUUAGUUUUAAGAUGACCCUCAUUAAUUAUUUUCCUUUUGACUUCACCUUAUUGCCACACUGGUCUAUCGUUAUUUAGUCCCACCCUAAGUUUUUGUCACUCACUCUCUAUAACUCAACUAUUUUCUAAAAGGAUUCACUGGUGGUUUAGUAAUUUAUUUAUUUUUUUAAAGUUCCCUUGUGUUUAUAAGAUGAAAUAUAGUUCUUCCACUUUUUAUUUGUUCUAUGUCAAACUUUUAAGUGUUAUCAGAGUAUAGGAAACUGGUUUCCUUUGUCAUGGUUCAGUAUGGGAUUUUCCUCCAGGUGUGCUGGUGUAAUGGUAUGUGAUUGUCCCCGAGGUGUGCUGGUGUAAUGGUAUGGGAUUGUCCCCCAGGAGUUCUGGUGUAGUUGUCAUGGCUUGGUAUGGGAUUGUUCCCCAGGUGUGCUGGUGUAGUUGUCAUGGCUUGGUAUGGGAUUGUCCCCUAGGUGUGCUGGUAUAAUGGUAUGUGCUUUUCCCCCAGGUGUGCUGGUGUUGUUGUUAUGGCUCAGUAUGGGAUUGUCCCCCAAGAGUGCUGCUAUAGUGAUAUGGGAUUGUCCUCAAGGUGUGCUGGUGUAGUUGAGCCAGUUAACAAAUCCCCUAGGAAGAUGGUUACACCCAGAUUCUGACAAUAGUUACUAAGCACAGCCUAAAAAGUCAGCACAGGAGAGAAGCUAGGGCUAUUUCCCAGGAAUGGCAUUUACAGCUUAAUUAAAAUAAUACUCCAAAUUUCAUCAUAAAAUAUAGACCACCUGUUACUAUUCAAUAGAAUUUGAUUUCCGUUUUUUUUUAAAGCAUAAAAUUUGUAUUUCAAUGAAAUGUGGCCCAGCAAUAUACUUUUAUAUGAGAUUCACAUCCUUGAAGCACUUGCAGGAAACAAAACAAAUGUUUGGAAUAUUCAUGUGUGGAAUCAUCUAUACGGGAAAUAAUCCGUUUGCAUGUUGGAUAUAUUCUAGUUCCCCUCCCUAGUCAAUUGGUCUUUUUUCUGAUUUCUUUUGAACAUGGUUUUGUUUUUAUUUUUUCAACACAGAAAGUAUGGAUGUAAUGUUGUCAUUUUUUUCUUUUAGUUAAACCUUUUUUAUCCUUAAAUUUGAUUUUUUUUCUUUCCAUCAAAUAAAUUUCAUUAAUUGCUAGAUUUUAAAGUUCUAUUGUUUUCACAGUCAUGCAUGCAAUUUAAAGUUGAUUUUUGAUGUUCUUUACAUAUCCUUUUUUGAUGUAAUAGAUUAACUAUUUCUAGGUCUCAAGAUAAUUUCAUUUACCUUCUUACAUACAAAGUAAUAGCCGAGUGCUAUGUACCAUUUUUGCAUGAAUGGUUUUUAAACAAAGUAAAGAAUUAAUGAUAUGCAUCCACGGUUAAACAUCUAAUAUUUUAGAUGAUUAUUUGACAUAAUUGUUGCUGUUAAAUAACAAUGAAAUUAGCAUAUUAAGCAUUAAGCAAAAAAUGAACUUUGUAAACAUUGAUAAUAUGUUCCAAGACACUAAAGAUUUGUUUUGAAUUUUAAAAAAAUACCAAUAUUGCACUGUUAUAUCUGCACUAAAAGUUAAGAUGGUUUACUUUUUUUGUUCACUUGCCAGGUGGGACACACAGCGACACAUAACCAUGUCCAUGCAUCAGACAAGCUCCUCUUACCCAGAUGAAUGACGUGGUCAACAUUGAAAGAAUCUGUAAUUUAAACAAUGUGUGGCCUAAUCUCAUGUGUGGGCUUGAACUGCGAUUAGUGAACACGUUAAAAUAUAUUUUUGUUUAAAAACAGGGAAAACCAGGUACAAAAUCCUGUAUGGAUGUGCACAUAAAAAAUUAAUUGAUGUGUAUUUAACUUAAAAUGCCCGGUUAAUGAUAUAAUUGUUAAGAAAGUGUUUUUACGUGACACGACCAUACAUUAUUUUAAUAGCAAACAAGUUUUAACAUUUUUUAAAACCCCCAUCCAGACGAAAAAUUAUAAUUAGUGAAGGUACCAACUUUCUAUUGCUGAAAAAUUCUGCUUAUCUAUCUGCCACUUUCUUUAUGUCAUUGAGUUUGUAAAUGCACUGGUCACUGGUAUUAGAAAAUAUUCGCAAGUAUUGACUUAGUAAGGCAAUGAUAACAAGGAACAACAGUGUACUGUAGCACCAGGACUUGAUGUCUUUCUACUCUUACAUCUGUGACAUAUUCUAGGAGUUCAAAUCUACAUAUGCUUUUUUGCUGUUGAAAAAAAAUAUAGAAGAGGUCAUUCACUCUUUUAAACUGGCGCCAUCUAUUUAAGGGACUAAACUAUAGAUCCUAGAGAGAACAUACUGGUUGUUGGGGAAUAAUUUAUGUUUAAAAAGGCAAAGUCAUUCAUUGCAGCAAAGUCACCCACUGUGGUAAAUAAACCCAUCAUGGUAAAGACACCCACUGUGGUAUAUUCACUUGAUUUCACAGUAUUGGAGGAAUACUGCUUAUUUGUUUCUUUUAUAUAAUUUAACUGUGUUAUGUUUAAAAACGUUUUGAUGACAUUAAACACAUUUGUACAAUUU